GUUAUAUUUUUAGAUCGAUAUCUCAACCGAGUCACUAUGUUACGUGUUAUCCUCUCCGUGUUAUUGGUAUUUGUUGCAUGUCCAGGUUUCACUACCGCAGCCAGUGAUAGCAAGAGUUAUACAGCUCUUAAGUUUGCUGAAUCUAGUAGCUAUGUAUCAUAUAACCCGGACAUGGCUCGCUUGACAGACAAAUUUACUAUUUGUGCGUGGGUUCGCAAGCUCCAAUCAGGAAGUGGCCGUUGCCCAUUCGGUUAUUUUAUCUCUGGUUACGAGAUAUUCAUGUCAGAUAGCGGCUACUACAACAGACUGUUUACAUCCAGCUCCCUGGAUAAUGCUCUGACUAGCAAGUUUACCUCGCCAGUAGGUACAUGGUUUAUGUACUGCUCCACGUGGAGCCUCGCUUCUAGAACCUUCAGAAUCUACGUUAAUGGUCAACUAGCAGGUACAGAGACCACAACCUCCGGUAGGAAGCUGCAGACAGGUGGAACAUUAACAUUUGGGGAUAGUAAUACAGGUCAUGGUCACUAUUUCGGUGGCGAGCUAUAUAACUUUAACGUAUACUCGAAGGAAAUGACAGUUACAGAAGUAGCUGCCAUGUCUUCAGGUGGUCUCUGUACAGAGAUACCUGAACAGUUGGAGGAGUAUAGAGUUAUAAAGUGGGAAGAUAUUGUGAAGCUGAGUAGAUCUGGUACUGUGCAGGACUUAGACACAAGAUGUCUUGUAUUUACUGAACUACAGACUCGAUUAAAAGAAGCUGAGAAUGGAGCAAUAGCAACUCAGAGAAAGCUGAACAGGACACAGACAGAGCUACUGGAAGUUCAGGGACUGUUCAACUCAACCCAGGAGGCACUAGUUGGGGUAAAGAGUAACCUAGGGGUGAUAGGAGGAGAGCUGAAUGAAACGAGAAGUGAACUAUCGGGAGCCAGAAGGGAGCUGGGAGCUAUGGGAGGAGAGUUGAAUGAGACAAAACGUCUGCUUGAGGACACAAAGCUGGAGUUGGAGGAUACCAAGUUUGAGUUAAAGAACGUAACCGAGUCUAAAUGUGCGCUUCAAAAAGGCAAUCUAACGAAGUGGGACAUACUGUAUUCGCCCGCUUAUUAUAAUAAAACCUUUACUCAUCGACUAUAUCAACAACUCACCACAACUUGGGACUCCAUUAGCAAUAAACUGUUUGGUAUGACGAUAACUGACAAGGUUAUUGAGCUGAUAAAAGAUCUGGAGGACGGUCAGAUCGAUCGUUGCGGGGACCUAUCAUAAAGCCUUGCUACCGAGAUAAUCUUACUAAGGUGCUACCGAAGAAGAGAUGAUGCGAGCUAGACUUAUGGGAUUCGCGGUGUAUUAAUUCUUCUUCAAUCAUGGACAUUCUAAAUUGUUAUCUUUAAUUAAGUCCCUGAUUUGUAUUUUUGAAAACUAUAAACUAACAUUUUACUUAGUUUAUAUGUUAAUUGUGACUACUAUUAUCGGUAAAUUGGCAAAAUCAUUUAAUUUACUAAAUAUUAUUUGAAACGUUUAUCUUAUCUUCUAAUACACUACAGUAUUAUAUUAUGUAUGUAAUCAACAAGUAAUCAUCGAUGAUUGAUGAUAUUUCUAUUCGGUUAAUGUUUCCAUUGCAUAGUGGCUUCUAGUUUUUGAACUUAAAUUUAAAAAUUGUAAUUUAUUUGCUGAGUUUAAGUAGUAGAACGAAAUAUUUCAUUACCAUCGAAUGAAUUAGAAGGUCGUUGAUCUUGAAUGAAAAAUUAGUGUUUUUAAAAUUUCAUUGAUUAAAUAACGUCAAUCUGAGUUAAUUAGGCGAGUUUGGGCAUUUACUGAUAGACAUGCAACUGCUUUUCAAUUUUAAACUUUAAAAAAAAUAAUUAUAUAAGUAGUUACUCGUUACUGUAUGAAACAUGGAUAUUGUAUUUGUUACCAGUAUGGACUA